AUGAGAACAAUUACAGCAGCCAAGACUUCAGGUGACAAAUACACCGCAAGGACUGAAGUCAUAGAGUCUGCGACUACAGUCUCUGGUGACGACGAGGAUGAGCAAGGAGAAAAUGGCGAGCAGGCCUCAGAAGAGGAUGAUACAUCUACGCCACGAUUCCGCAGUGGUGAGUUGGUCGCAUCGAAACUUGUCAACCUAACAGGAUUCCACCUUGAUCCUCGCACCCCCAAGCCCGGCCACGAACAGGUGCACCUUUCGACGGAGUUGAGACUAGUUUACGAUCAUCCCUAUGGAUCGGGUAUUCCUCUUCAUACACGAUUUUGGGCAGGCAGCACCGUCGAUAUAGAUGGCAACACGACGACGAAUACGGCGACAAAGGUCUUUCUAACAACGAGCACAGAUGAAUACGAUUGGACUAAAGUCGCAGAGUGGACACACACUUUAGUCAAAGUCAGAAUGGAGACUGACGGUGAGAACAACCGGGGAGAGAAUUGCACCGAGACCGUAUUCGAAGAAGAAAUAGAAACAGAGACUGUGACGACUAACGAUAACAAUGGUCGAUAA